UCCCGGGACCAGUCACGUGAGGGUCGGAUCCUGGGUGGUGGGAGGGGGGGGAUUGGCCUAGGUGGUCCGGAGCGGCAGGAAAAGAGGAAGAUGGCGGGGUGCAGGGGGUCCGUGUGCUGCUGCUGCAGGUGGUGUUGCUGCUGCGGUGAACGCGAGAGCCGCACCCCCGAGGAGCUGACCAUCCUUGGGGAGACACAGGAAGAAGAAGAUGAGAUCCUUCCAAGGAAAGACUAUGAGAGUCUGGACUAUGACCGCUGUAUCAACGACCCUUACCUGGAGGUUCUGGAGACCAUGGAUAAUAAGAAAGGGCGAAGAUACGAAGCGGUGAAGUGGAUGGUGGUGUUCGCCAUCGGUGUCUGUACGGGGCUGGUGGGUCUCUUUGUGGACUUUGCGGUGCGGCUCUUCACCCAGCUCAAGUUCGGAGUGGUUCAAGCGUCGGUGGAGGAGUGCAGUCAGAAAGGCUGCCUCGCCCUGUCCCUCCUGGAGCUCCUGGGCUUUAACCUGACCUUUGUCUUCCUGGCAAGCCUUCUCGUCCUGAUAGAGCCAGUGGCAGCAGGUUCUGGAAUCCCUGAGAUCAAGUGCUAUCUGAAUGGUGUGAAGGUGCCGGGAAUUGUCCGGCUCCGGACGCUGCUCUGCAAAGUCUUUGGGGUGCUGUUCAGUGUGGCCGGAGGGCUCUUUGUGGGGAAGGAAGGCCCCAUGAUCCACAGCGGUGCCGUGGUAGGAGCAGGCCUCCCUCAGUUUCAGAGCAUCUCCUUACGGAAGAUCCAGUUUAACUUCCCCUACUUCCGCAGCGACAGAGACAAGCGGGACUUUGUAUCAGCGGGGGCAGCUGCUGGCGUUGCUGCAGCUUUCGGGGCCCCGAUAGGGGGGACCUUGUUCAGUCUGGAGGAGGGCUCGUCCUUCUGGAACCAGGGGCUCACGUGGAAAGUGCUCUUCUGUUCUAUGUCUGCCACCUUCACCCUCAACUUCUUCCGCUCUGGGAUUCAGUUUGGAAGCUGGGGGUCCUUCCAGCUGCCUGGAUUGCUGAACUUUGGCGAAUUUAAGUGCUCUGACUCUGAUAAACAAUGUCAUCUCUGGACAGCUAUGGAUUUGGGUUUCUUCGUCGUGAUGGGGGUCAUUGGGGGCCUCCUGGGAGCCACUUUCAACUGUCUGAACAAGAGGCUUGCAAAGUACCGGAUGCGCACCGUGCACCCGAAGCCUAAGCUUGUCAGAGUCCUAGAGAGCCUCUUGGUGUCCCUGGUGACCACUGUGGUGGUGUUUGUGGCCUCCAUGGUAUUAGGAGAAUGCCGACAGAUGUCUUCGACGAGUCAGACGGGUAAUGGCUCAUUCCAGCUCCAGGUCACGUCAGAAGAUGUGAAUUCAACGAUCAAGACUUUUUUCUGUCCCAAUGAUACAUACAAUGACAUGGCCACACUCUUCUUCAACUCGCAGGAGUCUGCCAUCCUGCAGCUGUUCCAUCAAGACGGGACGUUCAGCCCCGUCACCCUGGCCUUGUUCUUCACCCUCUAUUUCCUGCUGGCGUGCUGGACGUUCGGCUCUUCUGUCCCCAGCGGCCUCUUCGUGCCUUCCCUGCUGUGUGGAGCGGCUUUCGGACGUUUAGUUGCCAAUGUCCUGAAAAGCUACCUCGGACUGGGCCACCUCUACUCUGGGACCUUUGCCCUGAUCGGCGCGGCAGCCUUCCUGGGUGGGGUCGUAAGGAUGACCAUCAGCCUCACAGUCAUCCUGAUCGAGUCUACAAAUGAGAUCACCUACGGCCUUCCUAUCAUGAUCACACUGAUGGUGGCCAAGUGGACUGGAGACUUGUUGAAUAAGGGCAUUUAUGACAUCCACAUCGGGCUGAGAGGUGUGCCUCUUCUGGAGUGGGAGACAGAGGUGGAAAUGGACAAGCUGAGAGCCAGUGACAUCAUGGAGCCCAACCUGACGUAUGUGUACCCGCACACUCGAAUCCAGUCUCUAGUGAGCAUCCUUCGCACCACGGUCCACCACGCCUUCCCCGUGGUCACCGAGAACCGGGGCAAUGAGAAGGACUUCAUGAAGGGCAACCAGCUCAUAAGCAACAACAUCAAGUUCAAGAAAUGCAGUAUCCUCACCCGUGCGGGUGAGCAGCGCAAGCGGGGCCAGUCCAUGAAGUCUUACCCUUCCAGCGAGCUGCGCAACGUGUGUGAUGAACACGUGGCUUCCGAGGAGCCGGCAGAGAAGGAGGACCUGCUGCAGCAGAUGCUGGAGAGGAGAUACACUCCUUACCCCAACCUGUACCCUGACCAGUCCCCGAGCGAAGACUGGACCAUGGAGGAGCGCUUCCGUCCGCUGACCUUCCACGGCCUUGUCCUACGCUCUCAGCUUGUCACCCUGCUCGUCCGAGGAGUGUGCUACUCCGAAAGUCAGUCCAGUGCCAGCCAACCACGGCUUUCGUACGCUGAGAUGGCCGAAGACUACCCGCGAUUCCCGGACAUCCAUGACCUGGACCUCACACUGCUGAAUCCGCGAAUGAUUGUGGACGUCACCCCGUACAUGAAUCCUUCACCAUUUACCGUCUCCCCCAACACCCAUGUUUCUCAAGUCUUCAACCUGUUCAGAACCAUGGGCUUGCGCCACUUGCCGGUGGUGAAUGCGGUGGGAGAGAUCGUGGGGAUCAUUACACGGCACAACCUGACGAAGGAGUUCCUGCAGGCCCGGCUGCGGCAGCAUUACCAGACCCUCUGACGGUUGAGCCCGGCUGCAGCCAGCCCACACCCAGAGGCGCCUCUGCAGGUGGCCCGCUCCUUUGCUGGUCCCCAGCCCACGUGAAGGCUCCUGGUCACCCAUUUGCACAGAUGCCUGGAGUCCUGGAAGAAGGGGGUCAGAGGGUUUGGGGGAUCUGUUGAGCAGGAAGUUGGGAUUUUACUGACUUCCUCUGUAAGAAUCUUCCAUUCCCCAGCUCUCCUAGAGAGACAUCAGGGUGCCGUCGGGCGGGAUCCUAGGUGGACACUAGGUACCUCUCAGAGCACAGCCGUUGUCCAGGCCCUUCCAGGCAGGAGCACUGAGGGUGUGAUUUGCAUAUCAUGUUCAUUCCGAGGUUCGAGAAGUGGGCAUCAAGAACUGUCCCCAUGUUUGGGAAGGCCUGGAAUCAGAACCAGGACCUCAGAUACAUUCUGCCUCUUCAUUGGUCCAACUUUCUUCUCCUACUGUUUCCUAGGAGCGGGUUCACGCUCUUGACCCCGUGGCUUGAAUGUCCUUAGACUCAUUCCUGACCAGACCCCUGAUGCACUAAAAUUCCAGCCAACGGCCUUUGAAGCGUUAAACCCACCACAGGGGCCCACGGCGCCUCCCCCGUGAGCGUUCAGUAGUCCCCACGCACUGACUAUACCUGUUCUCCAGUGACACACGCUCUCCCCCAUUGUCAUUCUUUUCUUCCCCACAACUACUCAACUUUCUAAGCCGUUGUCUCUCUUCCUGGUGGGGCAGCCACAGCUUCAUCUUGGAUUCAUUCCCAAAGUCAACCAAAAUUGAAGAACCCCUAGACAGAACCACUACCCAGAACCCUAGUGAAUUUGGGAUUACUCUACAGGCUGGCAAGCAGGCUGUCCUGAGCUGGGCGGGGCCAACCAGAGGUACAACCUUAGGAGAAAGCCAGUGGCUCCCCAGUGCACUCCCGACUUGGCCCUCUUCCCGAGGACCCUGAGCUGCUGCUGGGGUCCUGGAGGGAGUGGGGUGCUCGUGCCUCCCUGAUCAUGGAUCGCUCUCUCCGCGGCACCUCAGCGACCAUCUGGUACAGACGUUUGCACUCAUCUCCCUGCAGCCCAGGGCCCCUGUGACAGCUGUUCUCUGGAUACAGGUGCCGUUCAUGUUCAUUUGUGUUAGGUACUUUUUAGAUCAUGGAACUUGCGGGAGGGCAUCUGUGCCAGGCCUGGCAGAGUCCUCUGACCAGUGCUUGGGGAGGUGUCCCAGGGCCCUGGUCGGAGCUGACAGUGACCCAGCCCCGUUUUCCCCGUUCGCUUAUCUUUUUUACCAGAACGAGCUUGACUUACUCUGUUUUCAGCUUCUGACUGGGGAUGGGGGGUGGGGGCGAGGGUUGAAAGUCCCCAUAAGUACUUGGGAAAAUAGCUAAGCAGGGUUGUGUGUGGCCUGCUGCCUGCUUCAUUUUAUAGCUGAUUUCAAUGCCUUCCCUGCUCUGUGCUCCGUCAAGGAGGAGACCAGUUGCCCACACUAAGAGAAAAGUAUGACACACCACAGGAUUGUCUUCCCAGCCUGCAGAGGACCCCAGUCCACAGCUUCUUGCCUCACAGCCAGUCCUAGGGACCUGUUGUUCCCCCAUGUGAGUGUGUGUGUGUGUGUGUGUGUGUCCGUCCAUGUAUGUCCAUCAGUUUAUCCCAGAAUGGACAGGAUCCAGACUUCCAUACCCUGGAACCCGUGAGCCCAUGCUCCUGCAGGGCACUCGGUUCUCUGUCCCUCCCCGCCGAUCCUGCCUUUGCAGAAAAGCCGGAAGACAGCAGCCUUUUUGCCUGUGAACCGUAACUGUAAGCCCUGGAGCCUCCUCCACGGAAGUCCCUUGGCUCGGUCUCCUGUCACCUGUCAGCUCCGUGCCCCACCUCCACCCCCACCCCGUGCCACAGCGCCUCGCAAACACUGCUCCAUGGAGGGACAGCGAGGUUGGCUUGAGGCAGUUUUCCUGGCUUGGGCACUCGUGUGGCUCCCGGGACUGCUGUGGGAGUUUGGUAUUUUAUGAGAUGUCUGCAUGUGACCUUGCUAAGCAGUUCCAGCUGGAACGGACAUUAGCUUGACUCAGCUAGCCAUGUGACAGUUUGAUGCAGACCUUGGUGACAAGAAAGCUUCUGGAGAGGCCAGCACGGCCCUCUUGGCCCAGCCUUGUUGAUGUGGAGUGCUACCCUUGGUGCCUGUGAACCUCAGUGACUGUCCAGCCGCAGCUCCCGCCUUUCCCUGCAUACUGUCUGUUUAUAUGGUAACAUAGCUGAUUCCACUGUGUAGAUAAAUGGUAUCUUUUUUAAUUUGUAAAA